AUGGAGCCGGCGAAGGCCAGGCGGAGCCUGGAGAAGGGCAAGGAGCCCGCGCGCGACAGGCGAAAGGAGGAGCGCGUGAAGCGGAAGGGCUCGGAGGAGAAGGUGAAGGAGGGCUGGAAAGGGAAGGAGGAGAAGAGGAAGGGGCGGGACGAGACCCCGAAGGAGCCGGAGAGGAAAGGGGACGUGGCCGAGCCCGAGGGGGACAAGAAACCAGUCCGGGAAAAAGAAGAGGACAAGAGCAGCGGCGCCCUGACCCCGCCCGCCGUCGGGCCGUCGGAAAAAAAUAAGCAGAUCAUAGUGCUGGGCCUAGAUGGAGCAGGAAAAACCAGCGUCCUCCACUCUCUAGCUUCAAACAAAGUCCAGCACAGCGUGGCUCCCACCCAAGGUUUCAAUGCAGUGUGCAUCAACACUCAAGACAGACAAAUGGAGUUCCUGGAGAUUGGCGGCAGUGAACCUUUCCGUUCUUAUUGGGAAACAUACCUGUCCAAGGGAUUGCUGCUGAUCUUUGUGGUAGAUUCAGCAGAUCACAACCGAUUACCUGAAGCCAAAAAGCACCUUCAUCAAUUGAUUGGAACAAAUCCGAUCCUCCCUCUGGUUGUGUUUGCAAACAAGCAGGAUCUUGAAGAAGCGUAUCGCAUCACAGAUAUCCAUGAUGCGUUGGCAUUAUCGGAGGUGGGAAAUGACAGGAAGAUGUUCUUGUUUGGAACCCAGGUGACUGAAAAUGGUUCAGAGAUACCAUCCAUCAUGCAAGAUGCCAAAGACCUGAUCGCACACCUGGCUGCAGAUGUGCAGUGACCAGGGCUUGCCUGCUGCACAGCUCACGGCCCACGUGCCAG